UGUAGUCGCGUGGUGCUGAUGUGAGGAACUCUGCCGAUUUUACGCUUUUUGCACGAGCUUUCCCGAGACACGCCGGUUGGAUAUGAUCUUCGCGGAGGGCGUGGGCGACUUUUAAUCAUUAAGUCUACCGAAGUGUUUGUGCAUUCGUGUCAUAAAAUAUGCGCGAGUGUUUGUGGAGAUAGCGGAAUCGCUGUGUUGUAAGCGGCGGCUGGCAUGAUAUCGUAGAGGGAGGAGCGCUUUACUCGGCUCGCCGUGUAGGGAGAUGAUGAUGAUGAUGAUGAUGAUGAUGGCAGAGGGAUCUGGAGGAUGCGGCAGACGCGCGUUUAACCGUUUUCUGAAAGGUUAAUGGCAACUGGUGGAUGUUAAUGCGAGGGAACCGCGAAGGUUCAAUAAGCUGUGAUCGAAUCCACCGGAAUAUGAAUGUGGCCAGUGUGAUGGAUUUGCAGCGAAAUGCAUUGAGUUUCAAGUGAAACUAAGUGGAUAAUGUCAGAACGGGGAAGGCCGACAGCAAUGGACUAGAGAGGUCAAGGUGUGUGAAAUCUAGAAGAGGGCUGCAAUUAGUGAAAUUAGGGGAUGCAUCUUAAAAUAUGGACAUGCAAAGCCAAUUUAAUGUGCAUUUUAAAAGCCACUAAAUAUUAAUCGUGCGCCUCAAACCUAAAUCAAUAAUAAUAAUAAAUCUUCUAAUUUGUCGAUUUUUAAAUUCCACUUAGACUUCAUAAUAUAACUCCGAGCAAUAUGAUGUGUGAAGUGAUGCCAACCAUAAAUGAGGGGGACUCUGUGAGUUCCCAGAGAGGCUCUCAGAAUGGCACGGAUGCCGAAUCUAAUUUUGAACAGCUGAUGGUGAAUAUGUUGGAUGAGAGAGAUAAGCUGCUGGAGUCCUUACGGGAGACCCAGGAGACCCUCAUCCAGUCGCAGACCAAACUCCAGGAUGUGCUCCACGAGAGGGAUGUGCUACAGAGACAGCUCAACUCCGCGCUGCCGCAGGAGUUUGCAACCCUGACUAAGGAGCUGAAUUUGUGUAGAGAGCAGCUUCUAGAAAAGGAGGAGGAGAUUUCUGAGCUUAAAGCAGAGAGGAACAAUACCAGGCUUCUUUUGGAGCACUUGGAGUGUCUGGUGUCGCGUCACGAGCGUUCGCUGAGGAUGACUGUGGUGAAGAGGCAGGCUCCUCCGCCCUCCGGGGUGUCCAGUGAGGUGGAGGUGCUCAAGGCUCUGAAAUCCCUUUUUGAGCAUCAUAAGGCCCUGGAUGAGAAAGUGCGUGAAAGGUUACGGGUGGCUCUCGAAAGAGUGACUACAUUAGAAGGACAGCUGGCAGCUGCCACUCAGGAGGUGGUCAUGUUGAGACAGAGAAAGGAUGGACGAACAGACGGUGACGUUGUGGACAGGAUGGAUAGCUCAAAAUCUUCAUGGAAGAGGCUUCCCAAUGGCUCCAUUGAUGCCCAUGAUGACAACAGCAGAUGUAUGGAGCUGCAAGAAUUGCUGGAUAAGGCCAAUAAGGAGCUGGCCCAAAACAGAGACCGGAUCAGCGGCCUGACCAGUCGGAUGGGCGAGCUCGAGACGGAACUGGCCACUGCUCGCAAAGACCUGCUGAAGAGCGAGGAGCUGAGCACUAAACACCAGAGGGACAUCCGCGAGGCGAUGGCACAGAAGGAAGACAUGGAAGAGCGAAUUACAACGUUAGAAAAACGUUAUCUGGCCGCCCAGAGGGAAACCACCUCAAUCCACGACCUGAACGACAAACUGGAGAACGAGCUGGCCACCAAGGAAUCACUCUACCGACAGAGCGAGGAGAAGGUACGACACCUCCAAGAACUGCUGGAGUUGGCGGAGCAGCGGCUACAACAGACCAUGAGGAAGGCGGAGACUCUGCCCGAGGUGGAGGCUGAACUUGCCCAGAGAGUGGCCGCUCUCACCAAGGCAGAAGAGCGUCAUGGCAACAUCGAGGAGCGUUUGCGCCAACUUGAGGCUCAGCUGGAGGAGAAAAACCAAGAGCUGGCCAGGGCUCGUCAGAGGGAGAAGAUGAAUGAGGAGCAUAACAAACGUCUGUCUGACACUGUGGACCGUCUCCUCACUGAAUCUAAUGAACGACUACAGCUGCACCUGAAGGAGCGCAUGGCUGCACUGGAGGACAAGAAUGUGCUCAUCCAUGACCUGGAGAACUCUCAGAAACAGCUCGAGGAGUUCCAUCACACGAAGGAGAGGCUGAUCGGUGAGAUUGAGAAGUUACGAGCAGAACUUGAUCAUCUGAAGCGCAGGAGUGGAGCAUUUGGAGAUGGAACAUACCCUAGGUCUCAUGUUGGCAGUGCCACAGACCUGCGGUUCUCAGUGGUGGAAGGUCAGGGUGAUCAUUACUCCUCCACAGGGGUCAUACGAAGGGCUCAGAAAGGUCGACUGGUGGCACUCAGGGAUGAACCCACAAAGAUUCUGCCGAUGGUGGAGCAGGACUGGGAUCGCUCUCAACCUUCUAGCUUGCGUGCGAGCCGUACUCACCUAAUGGGCAGCGAUACUGAGCUGUCAGAUCUGGACGACGAAGACCGUGAGACCAUCUUCAGUUCAGCCGAUAUGCUGUCUCCCAGUGGACAUUCAGAUGCACAGACACUCGCUCUCAUGCUGCAGGAACAGCUCGAUGCCAUUAAUGAGGAGAUAAGAAUGAUCCAGGUGGAGAGGGAAUCAGCAGAGCUGCGGGCAGAUGAGAUUGAGAGUCGGGUGAACAGCGGCAGUAUGGACGGGCUCAAUGUGACUCUGCGGCCGCGCUCCUCCAUCCCCACAUCCGUCACCGCCCUCUCCCUGGCCAGCUCCUCACCUCCUGUCAGCGGCCGAUCAACACCCAAGAUGAUGUCCGGUUCAACAGCCCAUGAGUUGGGCAUCAUGACCCUGCCGAGUGAUUUAAGGAAACACCGCAGGAAGGUGGCUUCCCCCGUGGAGGCUCGAGAGGACAAGGCCACCAUAAAUUGUGAGACAUCGCCCCCAUCCUCCCCUCGCAGCCUCAGACUAGAUCAAAUGAACUUUGCUCAGCUAACAGGAAGCCUUGAUGAUGGCCGAGGGGGAAACAAAAAGAAGGGCAUAAAGUCCUCCAUCGGCCGCCUCUUUGGCAAGAAGGAAAAAGCGCGUUUUGACCAGCCAAUGAGCAAGGAUGGCCAGAUGACACCACCUGUGAUUCCAGAUUUCGAGAUGGGUAUUGGAGAUACCAUGACCUUGAGCAAACUGGGCACACAGGCAGAGAGAGACCGCAGGAUGAAGAAAAAGCAUGAGUUGCUGGAGGAUGCCAGGAGGAAAGGACUUCCUUUCGCUCAGUGGGAUGGCCCCACUGUGGUCUCCUGGCUCGAGCUGUGGGUGGGCAUGCCAGCUUGGUACGUGGCGGCGUGUCGUGCCAACGUAAAGAGCGGCGCCAUCAUGUCAGCACUGUCGGAUACAGAGAUUCAGCGAGAGAUCGGUAUCAGUAACCCACUCCAUCGGUUGAAGCUGAGACUGGCCAUUCAAGAGAUGGUGUCACUGACUAGUCCAUCGGCUCCUCUCACCUCACGCACAUCUUCCGGAAAUGUGUGGGUGACUCAUGAGGAGAUGGAAAAUAUGGCAACCUCCACCAAAAUGGAGAAUGAGGAAGGAAGCUGGGCUCAGACUCUAGCAUAUGGUGACAUGAACCAUGAGUGGAUUGGGAACGAGUGGCUUCCCAGUCUCGGCCUGCCUCAGUACCGCAGCUACUUCAUGGAGUGCCUGGUGGACGCUCGUAUGCUGGACCACCUGACUAAGAAAGACCUGCGGACACACCUUAAGAUGGUGGACAGCUUCCAUAGGGCUAGUUUGCACUAUGGCAUCAUGUGCUUGAAGAGGCUGAACUACGAUAGGAAAGAGUUAGAGCGACGAAGAGAAGAUUUCCAACAUGACAUCAAAGAUACCCUGGUGUGGACCAAUGAUCAUGUUAUGCAAUGGAUACAGAACAUCGGUUUGAAGGAGUACAGUAAUAAUCUGCUGGAGAGUGGGGUGCAUGGAGCUCUUAUUGCCCUAGACGAGACCUUCGACUUCAGCAGCUUGGCCCUCAUUCUACAGAUCCCAAUGCAGAACACCCAGGCUAGGCAGAUUCUGGAGAGGGAGUUCAGUAAUCUCUUGGCAUUGGGAACGGACCGGCGCCUGGAAGAGUGUGAUGAUAAGUCAUUCCGAAGGUCUCCAUCGUGGCGUAAGCGCUUCAGGCCAAGAGACGGCCAGGGUCUGGGUAUGAUGCCAGGGUCCAUAGAGACUCUUCCCGCUGGCUUCCGCCUCAACACCAUGUCCAUUCCCUCAUCCAUGGUUGCUGUGCCUAAGAAACAGCUGCAACCAGAAGCAGCCGGUCCUCCGGCCUCGCAGAGACUAGACCCCUCAGCUGUAAGGACUUACUCCUGCUAAAUUGCUUUUACUAAUCACUGCGCUCACACAAACAGUGCAUUCCCACUACCUGUACGGACACACGCUUGUGGCCUUUCGAGAAUGAUAUGCCAAAUUCUGGGGACACCUUGAAAGGACAAGUGAGGGGUCACCUCCGCCCCUCCCCUUUCCUAAUAGACACCUGAGCUUUCUUGGACACCGUGCAAUAGAGGGGGACAGAAAGAUGAAUUAUGAACUCUGAUUUACCAUUUCCCAGUAAUCCCAGUUAUAUAGUCUUUGUGGUGGUCAUACUUAACUGGUGUUCUUGGCCCUGUAGUCUGUCAGUGCUAGUCUGUUCCUUUGGGUGUGUUGUUGGCAUUAUACUGUAUAAGGCUUUUCCCCUUUAGUUAUGCAAAAUAUUAAUCAACAGCGUCUUUAUCUGUAUAUAUUAAAAAGAGAAAAUUAUGCCAUUAUGUUUUUUAUGGAAAUAUAUAUCAGACUUGUAUAUGGAGAUGAAUAUAUCAUUAUUAUAUGAAUUUUUAAAUCUCAGUUGUGACUGUUUUCUGUCAGUUAGACAGCUCUGUCUGGUAUAAAGGUGUUACACUUGUAGUCGGUGUCUUAAGCACCAGUGGUGACUGGAGAAUGGUGUGUAUGUGUUCACAUCAGCAGUGCUUAUCCACAUGUAGAGCUCAAGUCCACACACUUCAAGGACUUUAGCUGUGAGUUGAAAUGACCACUAUUCCAACAUUUUGUGCUCUCAAAGUUAGACAGUCUUGUAUAAAGCCAAGAUGCUAAGACAUCUGGGAAAGCAAUAGACUUCAGUUCACUUAGCAUCAAGAGAGAAAAGAAGAUUUCCAGCAUGUGCGACCUGCAAAAUAUCUUGGGGCCUGUUUUGAUUUGACCGUCUUGGUGCUGUCACAUGCACUUCAAGAUCUCUUUGGGAGCAAAUGAUUCUUCAUUAACCUACCUUAGAUCAAAAGAACAAACACAUUAUGAGGGUGCGUCAGUCUGUUGGGCAUUUUUUAAUUUUUUUAAUACAAUAUUUUCUGUAUAAUUCAUAGGAUGUAUCGUGCUAUUGUGGCAGCUACUGUACUGUAUGUGUAAAUGUAUGUAUGUGUAUUUUAAGUGUUACACAAUGCUGACAAAUCAUGUUCUUACUUUCAAAAGUGCUCUCUAUUAAAAAAUUAUUA